CUCCUCCGUCAGUCAACCACGUACAAAUUAUUGGAGACUCUAUCGAAGGAAAUACCGUCAGAGGAGCUGGGGAAUACUUUGGAGGACGAGAAGGUCCCAGCAAGUUUAAGUGGUUGCGUGAAAAUAAGGACUCGGGAGAAUUUGUAUUGGUGUCGACUGGUGCAACUGAGCAUACUUUAACAAAAGAAGAUGUUGGUCGGCGCUUGGCUUUUGUAUAUGUACCUGUGAAUUUUGAAGGGCAAGAAGGAAAAUCUAUGUUAGUAGUGUCUCAGAUUGUCAAGCAAGCUCCUCCAAAAGUGACAAAUGUGAAGAUAAUUGGUGAAGUAAGGGAGGGCAGUAAGGUUACUGUAACUGGUAUCGUCACUGGAGGAACAGAAGGAUCUAGCAGAGUUCAGUGGUUUAAAACAAAUUCUCCAAUGUUGGAUGGUGAGAAUGGUCUUGAAGCACUAAGCACAUCCAAAAUCGCAAAGGCUUUUCGCAUACCUUUAGGAGCUGUUGGCUGUCAUAUUGUUGCAAAAUUCACGCCAAUGACUCCAGAUGGUGAAUCUGGUGAACCAGUUUAUGCUAUAUCUGAAAAUGCAGUUGAAACUCUUCCCCCAAGCCUAAAUUUCUUAUCUUUAACUGGAGAUUACUCUGAAGGUGGAAUUCUGACAGCAUCAUAUGGGUACAUAGGGGGUCAUGAAGGAAAAAGUAUUUACAGUUGGUAUCUUCAUGAGGCUGAAACUGACUCGGGUACUUUAAUACCUGAGGUUUCAGGUCUUCUUCAGUAUCGUGUUACAAAAGAUGCUAUUGAUAAAUUCAUAUCUUUUACAUGUACCCCUGUACGUGAUGAUGGAAUAGUGGGUGAGUCCAGAACUUGCAAUGGGCAGGAGCGUGUACGUCCAGGUUAUGUUAGCCUGACAUUGAAAGCCCUAAUAAGUUCUCAUUCACUAUUUGGGAUAACAUACUUGUCUUCUGCAACUCUAAAGAAGAUGAGCGAUGAUGCGAUUAAUGAAGUCAUGGGUUGGGAACUUGUGAAUGAAGGGGAAUUGAAAGGGUAUAACAGCAAAGAGUUCAACAGUUCCGAGGGGUCUAGGGUGGUAGAAACACUACUCGAUGUUGGAGACCUAUUUGAUGAGCACAUAGCUUUUCCUAAUGAAGAGAAACUGGCAUCCGCUAAGUGCUCUAGCUCUUCUUUGGUGCAUUUCAGUAGUAAUUAUACGCAGAGAGAAGUGUCUAAGGAUAAACGUAUUAGAUCUAAGUCAUCACAAUUAGGGAAUCCUAGCAAUAGGAUUGGUAAGGAAAUGAAUACUCUUAUUGGAGCUACUGGAAGCCCGAGGUUGCUUUCUCUACACAUAGUUGGAACUGCUAUCGAAGGCACUAAGCUAAGUGUUGAAAAAAAAUAUUGGGGUGGUGAUGAGGGAGACUCAGUUUUCCGCUGGUUCCGAAUUAGUUCAGAUGGCAUCCAAAUUGAAGUUAAUGGUGCCAUUAAUUCAUCAUACAUGCUCUCUGUUGAUGAUAUUGGGCUUUUUAUAUCGGUUUCAUGUGAGCCUGUCAGAAUUGAUUGGGCCCGCGGUCCCAUUGUCCUUUCUGAACAAAUUGGACCAAUUGUAGCUGGGCCACCGACUUGCCAGUCGCUUGAAUUUCUUGGAUCAUUUAUUGAAGGAGAGCGUUUGAGCUUUGUUGCAUCUUACAGUGGAGGUGAAAAGGGGGACUGUUUGUAUGAAUGGUUUAGGGUGAAGGAUAGUGGUGUUAGGGAGAAACUGAAUGCUGGUGGGUUUUUAGAUUUAACUUUAGAGGAUGUGGGAGGUGCUGUGGAAGUUGUUUACACACCUGUGCGAAAAGAUGGAUUGAAAGGGACUUCGAGGAGUGUAAUAUCCAGUCCCGUUGCUCCUGCGGGCCCUAUGGGUGUGGGGCUGCAAAUUCCUGAUUGCUGUGAGGACAAGGAAGUUGUCCCUCAAAAGACAUACUUCGGAGGACAAGAAGGUGUUGGACAAUAUAUUUGGUACAGGACGAAAAUUAAGCUCCAUGAAUCUGCUCUGAUGGACAUAUCGAAUUCUGCUGAGGAUGUUUUUAUAUGUAGCAACACUUUAACAUACACCCCUUCACUUGAAGACGUGGGGUCCUAUUUGGCUUUAUAUUGGCUGCCAACUCGUUCAGAUGGCAAUUGUGGAAAGCCAUUGGUAUCAAUUUGCGACGCUCCAGUCACACCAGCUCUUCCAGUAGUUUCUAAUGUUCGUGUGAAGCAAGUGUCCUCAUCUGCUUAUUCUGGGGAAGGACAAUAUUUUGGUGGACAUGAAGGAUCAAGCUUGUUUAGCUGGUAUAGAGAAACGGACGAGGGAACAAUCAUUCUCAUCAAUGGAGCCAGUGCUAAAACUUACAUAGUUACAGAUACAGAUUAUAAUUGUCGUUUGUUGUUUGGAUAUACACCAGUUCGUGCCGACUCACUUGUUGGAGAACUUAGAUUAUCUGAGCACACAGAUGUGAUUCUCCCAGAGAUACCAAGAAUUGAGAUGCUAGCUCUUACUGGGAAGGCAGUUGAAGGAGCGGUAAUUACUGCUGUUGAAGUUCUUCCAAACAGUGAAAGUCAACAGCAUGUUUGGGGAAAGUACAAGAAAGAUGUCAGAUAUCAGUGGUUUUGUUCGUUUGAAACAGGAAAUAACGAGUCUUUUGAGCCAUUACCAUCCCAGCGUUCUUGCUCGUAUAAGAUACGGUUUGAGGACAUUGGUCACUGUCUUAGGUGUGAAUGCAUCAUGACUGAUGUGUUUGGAAGGUCCAGUGAGCCAGCAUAUGUUGAAACCGCCUCUGUCUUGCCAGGGCUCCCUAGAAUAGAUAAGCUAGAGAUUGAGGGUAGAGGUUUCCACACCAACUUAUAUGCUGUUCGUGGCAAUUAUAGUGGAGGAAAGGAGGGCAAAAGUAGAAUCCAGUGGCUUAGGUCAAUGGUUGGAAGUCCUGACCUCAUCUCUAUUGGUGGGGAGACUGGAAGGAUGUAUGAAGCGAAUGUUGAUGACGUUGGCUACAGGCUUGUUGCAAUUUACACUCCUGUAAGAGAGGACGGAGUUGAGGGGCAACCUGUUUCUGCAUCAACGGAUCCAAUUACAGUUGGUAAAAAGUUAUCAACUUUAUGUGCUUGUUUUCCGCUUUGA